AUGGCUUGUGUGACUACAGUUUCUUAUCGCUUCUCUAUGAAUAGAACUCCUUCUAAGAUCCUCAAGGCAAAACGAGGUCUUAGACAAGGGGAUCUCAUCUCACCUCUCAUUUUUGUGCUUAUUAUGGAAUACUUUUAUCGGAUCCUUCAAGGAUUAUGUCGGGUACCAAACUUCAAUUUCCAUUCGAAAUGUGAAAAGUUAAAGAUUAUUAAUUUGUGCUUCGUUGAUGAUAUCCUGAGGUUUGUGAGAGGUGAUCUAGCAUCAGUGAAAUUGAUCAUGGAUAAAGUUCGUGGAUUCUCAGCUUCUACGGGACUGCAUGCAGAUCAGCAUCCCAAAAAGUAUAAUUUAUUUUGGGGUGUGGAUGAUGAUACCAUUAAUCAAAUUCAACAAGAAACCGACUUUGCUAUUGGAAAUAUGCCUUUCAAGUACCUUGGUGUCCCUCUAACCAGCAAGAAGUUAACCAUUUUCCAAUGUCAGCCUUUGAUUGAGAAAAUGCUUACUAGAUUGAGACAUUGGAGCACAAGAUUACUAUCGUAUGCACGAAGAACCCAAUUACUGAAGAGUGUCAUUUUCUCUAUUGCAAACUAUUGGAUGCAGAUUUUUCCGCUCCCUAAAGAAGUUAUUUCUCACAUUAAUAGUAUUUGCAGGAGCUUCCUCUGGACAGGUAAAGAGCACAUAUCCAGGAAAGCACUUGUUGCUUCGGAUUAUCUGAGUAAUCCUAUAGCUGCUGGUGGGCUAAAUCUGAUCUCUCUCAUGGAAUGGAAUAAAGCAACUAUUG